GGCUCCGCCCCUCCUCUCCGCCCCUCCUCUCCUCCUCCGCCUUCUUGCCUGCUGUUCGUGCCGCUCGCCGGCCUCGCCUCGCCUCGUCCUCGCGGUGCGGAUUUCGACGGACGGCGGGACGCGAGAUGGGCGUCCUCAUGGAGACCAUCGCCCCCGGGGACGGGAGGACCUUCCCGAAGCGCGGGCAGACCUGCGUGGUGCACUACACGGGCAUGCUGGAAGACGGGAAGAAGUUUGACUCGUCCCGCAACAGGGGCAAGCCCUUCAAGUUUGUCAUGGGCAAACAGGAAGUCAUCCGUGGCUGGGAAGAAGGAGUCUCCCAGGUAGGGCGGGGCCAGGUGGGAUGGGGAACUGGCCAGGAAGAAGGAGUCUCCCAGAUGAGCGUCGGGCAGAGGGCCAAGCUGACCAUCUCUCCAGACUACGCUUACGGGGCGGCCGGCCACCCGGGCAUCAUCCCCUCCAACGCCACCCUCAUUUUUGACGUGGAGCUCCUAAAGUUGGAAUGACAAACGAGGGCAACCCCCUCCUCGCCCUCCCACUUCCCUGCUCUGGGGUUUUGGCCCCCACAGAGAACCCCAGAGGUCUUUGCUUGGAGAUCAACGCACACCAAUUUGUAUGGAGCUUUCCCGGCUACCCACCACUCUCUCGGUGUCACCCUCCACCCCGGUCUGAAUGUUUUUGAGCCGCUUCCGGUUUCGCUUCCUGGUUUCCCUCGUCGACAUUUUUGAACUCGGUGCCAGUUUGGGAGUGGGGUGGGGUCCACAAACACGGCCCCUUUAAGAGUAGUUGGACUUCGACGCCCAGAAUUCCUCAUCCAGCAAUGCUGGCUGAGGAAUUCUGGGCGUCGAAGUCCAACUACUCUUAAAGGGGCCGUGUUUGUGGACCUCCCUUCUCUGUGCUAUUAAGCAGCUAUUUUUUUUUGGGUGCAGAGGGUUGUGGGGUGGGAAGGCGGGGGGGGGGACGACAAUCAGGUCCUUUCAUCUUAUUUCGUUGAGGGUUUUGGGGGGUGUGUGUCGGCUUGAGUUGCGUUACGAUUCCGGCUUUUGAGUCGGUAUCUCAAAUGAUUCUGUAAACAAAAUCCCUUGGGGUGUGUUUGCUUUUUGGAAGGAUCGCCGUUGGAAUUGGAAUCCGUUGGCUGUUUGGAAUGCCUGCCAGUCCCCUGUUGGAGGGGCUUCAGAGGGGGGGGUCCCCCUCCCCAUCAGCCCUAGUAGACAUCCGAGAGUCGUCCUCUGCCCCCCCCCCAACCCACCCACCCCCAACUUGCUUUCGGUGGCUCUUCCCUCUUUUCCGCGGGCUUUUAAUUUGAUUUUACCGGAGUUGGUUUUCUUUUUUUCCUUUUGAACUUCGAGCGGGAAACUCAACUCCUGCUGCUUGUCGUCAAGUGAGGAGGGGGGAACAUCAGCCCCCUCCCCACUCACCCACCCACUCACCCACCCACCCACCCACGCCAAAACGCCUGUGAAGUUCUCUAUGGAAAAGUGAUGCUGGUCGUCUACCGCUUUUUUUGCCAUCCCCGUACCAUCCCUUCUUUCGGCGGUCCCCUUCCCCCCCCCUCCCAGCCCCCCCCCCUUUUGCCCCCUCCCCACCAUCGUAUCUUUCGGUAAGAGAAUUGCCACCCCCACCUUCUUUCCACCUCCUGCCAUCCUCUUCUUCUUCAUCAUCAUCAUCAUCAUGUGAGCGUAUAGAGUUUUAUUACUGCAAUAAAAAUGCUUUAUGCUGGCUUUUCUCAAA